AGAGAGAGAGAGAGAGAGAGGCAGCAUCUCUGGACCAGACAGCCCGGAGCCAUCUAUACACUGGAGCCACACAGAGGGAGCAGCAGCACAUCUGGAGAACAUCUUCAACGCUCAGUAUGAAGUUCGUGCUGGUGCUGGUGGGAGCGGGCACCUUGGCCUUCCUCGGCGCCGUCAUCUGCAUCGUCGCCAGUGUUUAUCCCCGGAAACAAGACGCGCCUCUCAGCGAUAACGGCACCCUGACGUCGGAGUCGCUGCUCCAGCCUCUGGAGCCCGGCUCGGUGGCGCACGCCGGGCCGCUGGGCGCACUGCACGGCGCCGAGUCCUACGAUGGAGGCAACGCGCUCGGCGGCAUCGGACUGGAGGUGCCCACUCUGAACGAGCUCAACCUCGGCGAGGAGACGGGAGGAGGCUCCGCCAAGCAGUUCAGCUUCAGCCGCCUGAUCUGCACCCCUGUGCCGGUGGGAGAGUGCAAGACGAAGGGUCUGAGGCGGGAGCAGCAGCAGCAGCAAGCGGACGAGCCGCUGUACGGAGCCGGGGACGAGGACUGGACUUACCUCCGCACCACCGCGGAGGAGCUCCGGCAGAUGGUCCUGCAGCAGAACGACCAGAUCCUCAUGGACCAGAGGACGAUCCGGGAGCUGACGGGGAAGCUGAGCGAGUGCGAGAGCGGCCUGGAGGACGACAGGACCGUCCCGGAGCGGAGCAUCGGGGUGUGGAGCGGGAACCGGCGCGUCAUGGCCGGGGACGAGGUGAGCUCCUCCACCGCGGCGCAGCUGCAGACGGCUCGGGCUGUGGAGGAGCUGGCCCGGGCCAUCAUGGACCUGAAGGACCGCAUAGAGAAACUGGAGGCGGAGAUAGGCCCUGCUGCAUUGAACCUCAGCGACUCAUCCGUGGGUACAAGCGGCAGCAGCAGUAACACCGGCAGCAGCAGCAGCAGCAGCAGCAGCACCAGCAGCAGCAGCAGCAGCCCGGCUGGUAACACCGUCAAGGCCCCUGCUCCAUCCGCCGGAAGUGCUUCCUCCCCACCUGCAGCCGCUGCCCCAGGCAGCCGCCGUCCCGCCUCCCCUGCUUCCCCUGCGUCCCCCGCUUCCCCCGCCUCCAAACCCACCUCUCCUAAGGUGUCCCCCGGGCGUGGAAAGGGCACCUGGAGGGUGGAGGACCUGGAGGGGGAGCUGGAGAGGAAGAUCAAGAUGUUGGAAAAGGAGCGUCAGGCCAUGAGGAAAGAGACUCAGGGGCAACACGAGAAGAUCAAUCAGGGGCUCGACACGGUCAACCACCGCGUCACUGAGCUCGAACACACGCUGACAGAGCCGCCGUUCCCCGACGGCUUCGUCCUCUCCUUCCCCAUGCGGACUAACUACAUGUACGGCCUGGUGAGGAAGGAGAUAACUGAGAUGUACGCCUUCACUGCCUGCGUGUGGUUGAAGGCCAAAGAAGGCGGCAUCGGGACCCCCUUCUCCUACUCGGUGCCGGGGCAGCCCAACGAGCUGGUGCUGCUGCAGGGCGUCCACAACCCCGUGGAGCUGCUCAUCAACGACAAGGUGGCGCAGCUGCCCCUGUCCCUACCGCAGGACGAGUGGCAGCACAUCUGUGUCAGCUGGACCCUGAGGGACGGGGUAUGGAAGGCUUAUCAGGGCGGGAAGAUGAAGGGCAGGGGGGAGGGACUGGCUGCCUGGCACCCCAUCAAACCAGGAGGGGUCCUCAUACUAGGACAGGAGCAGGCGGAGAUAGGCCCUGCUGCAUUGAACCUCAGCGACUCAUCCGUGGGUACAAGCGGCAGCAGCAGUAACACCGGCAGCAGCAGCAGCAGCAGCAGCAGCACCAGCAGCAGCAGCAGCAGCCCGGCUGGUAACACCGUCAAGGCCCCUGCUCCAUCCGCCGGAAGUGCUUCCUCCCCACCUGCAGCCGCUGCCCCAGGCAGCCGCCGUCCCGCCUCCCCUGCUUCCCCUGCGUCCCCCGCUUCCCCCGCCUCCAAACCCACCUCUCCUAAGGUGUCCCCCGGGCGUGGAAAGGGCACCUGGAGGGUGGAGGACCUGGAGGGGGAGCUGGAGAGGAAGAUCAAGAUGUUGGAAAAGGAGCGUCAGGCCAUGAGGAAAGAGACUCAGGGGCAACACGAGAAGAUCAAUCAGGGGCUCGACACGGUCAACCACCGCGUCACUGAGCUCGAACACACGCUGACAGAGCCGCCGUUCCCCGACGGCUUCGUCCUCUCCUUCCCCAUGCGGACUAACUACAUGUACGGCCUGGUGAGGAAGGAGAUAACUGAGAUGUACGCCUUCACUGCCUGCGUGUGGUUGAAGGCCAAAGAAGGCGGCAUCGGGACCCCCUUCUCCUACUCGGUGCCGGGGCAGCCCAACGAGCUGGUGCUGCUGCAGGGCGUCCACAACCCCGUGGAGCUGCUCAUCAACGACAAGGUGGCGCAGCUGCCCCUGUCCCUACCGCAGGACGAGUGGCAGCACAUCUGUGUCAGCUGGACCCUGAGGGACGGGGUAUGGAAGGCUUAUCAGGGCGGGAAGAUGAAGGGCAGGGGGGAGGGACUGGCUGCCUGGCACCCCAUCAAACCAGGAGGGGUCCUCAUACUAGGACAGGAGCAGGAUACGUUGGGCGGGCGAUUCGAUGCCUCGCAGGCCCUGGUCGGGGAGCUCUCCCAGUUCAACCUGUGGGAUCGGGUGCUGAAGCCCAUAGAAGUGGCUGCCCUGGCCGAGUGCAGUUCCCCCGCGCUUGGCAACAUCGCCCCCUGGACCGACCACGACGUAGAUGUCUAUGGCGGUGCGACCAAGGAGUCCCUGGACCCCUGCCACGCUGCCCAGAGAUCCAACCCCUCCAGCCCGAAACAGUGAGGGGUGACAAAGAGAAUUCGGCCAUGGGUGGUCGUGGUAUAGGUCGUUUUGGGAGUUGAUUCAGGAGUUUGAAGGCACGUAAUAUUGGACUUUACAGUAUAUUUAUUUGUUUGGGGAAGGAAACCUUUCUGGUGGAUGACAGGUUAGGGCUCCUAGGUCGUUCAGAGUGGUGUAUCUGUUUUGUUUUUUGUGUUGGUGUCCACGCUCGUGUGUUAACUUCUGCAGUGAGAUACGAUGAGUUUAGUCGUGAAUAUUGAAGGUUGCAUGGGUGGAUCAACUUCUGGCAUGAACUGGACUAUGAUGGAAUAUUUCCAUAAGCGAUUAUUAAUUGGCUCCGGCUGCUCUCUGCUGUGGGUAAAAAUCUGUUGGGCCAGUUCACUUCACGUGGUUGUUGAGGCAGAGGGCUGGGUCGGGGUUGAAUGCAGAUAUGGACGAACCUCUCAUGAUGCCAUAGCCAAUCCUUUACUUCAUUUUACAACAAAGAGACACAAAGUUCUAUCUUUCUUUCUGCCCUGUCCAGUUAGCUGAAAGUGAUGCUAUCAUGGCAACACUGACUUCAACACUCAGUGUGAAACAAAAGGAGUUUUGUUCAAUUGGUUUUGACUCUAUAAGAUCCUGUUGAGUAACGUCUGUGUUCUUUUAAGUUUUCUAUAUUGCGAAACCAUGAUUUGGUAAAACGGUGGUCUUAUAAAUGUACAGUAUAUUGUGUAAUGUAUCUCUGCUAAUGUUGCUCUGUGCCAGUCUGCUGCCCCUGCUGUUGCCUCUCACACACACAACUCACAGUCCUGCAAAGUCAGAUUUGCAGCUCAAACAAAGCAGCGCUCGACCUUUGAUUGGCGUCUGAAAACGAUUCACUGUACUCACGGCUGCAGCCACAUCACUCUGGAGUUUUCAAGCACCUGAAAUAAUAACUUGGAAACGCAUUCACGCACAUGCCCAGUGUACUCCAGUGGUCAUGUGAUAUGCUUUUCCAGAAGUGUUAGUGCAGACUGAGAUUAUUAUGUUUGACUCACACGCAAGUGUUGCUUAAAAGCUUGACAGUUGACACCUGUUCUUGGUGGCAAGACACACAACAUGCUAUCAAUACAGUGAUAAAUAAAUUAACACACAUCGGGUUCACCAGCUGCCUCCGCCUCUGCUUUCACAUAACCGUCUGUGGGGCUGUGGAGCUCUGUGGCAGACGGUAAAGUAUCUAUCCAUCUAUUUGAUUGGCUAGCGGCUGCCCUUGAGUGUUAGCUUGAACGUGAUUUCAUUGGCUGGAAGUUGAGCUCUGCAGCGAGAACAACGCGACACAACAGAACCACAACGCAAUAGAUGCCAUCACCCCAAACAAAGUGAAUUAGCAGCGUUAUGGUUGACGUGUCCAACGUGGAAGUGUGAGUCCAGCAUAACAAUACAGAGCGACAACACGUUCGGUUUUAAAACGAGAACGCCCCAGUGUGGCUGUAGCCUGACAUCGUGACCAACCUGAGUGCGUUUUCUGACAUCGUGAUGUAUCCUUGAAUGUCAUCCAGAUGGAAUGUGAGUAUAUGUGCAUGACCAGGGUCAAACUAGAAAUGUGUCAAUGACAAAGUUGGUAAACUCCGUAAGCUGCCCCACGCUCUCUGAAGCACACAGAUGUCUGUUGGUAAAUCACAUCCUCACAGAACACACGACCGACAGUGAGGAUUUCUUCCUUGAUGACCAUUUUGUACUGCACAUGGAACUCUGUAUAAAAGAUCAGCAUGAAAUGUUUGUGUUUAUUCAACCUUGGAGCCGAGGUAGUCGACAGCAGGCGUCUGUCAUCACCUAACAAACAAAAAAUAACACAAACCAAUGAAAUAGAUUUAAAACAUGUGAUGCAUUUGAUUCCCACAUCAGCUUCUCCUCAAUCCCGACGCCCUCUUUGAUCACAAUGAAUUGUUAACGAAAGUUGACAGGAAGUUGAUUUAUUAGAUAAAAAUAUUAACAGUAAUAUUAGACUUCAUUUAUGUAGCACAUUUCAAAACAUAGAAAUGUAAUAUAAAUAUUAAGCACAAUCAAAAUAACAACAUCGUGUUCCUUUAGACACAUUAUUUCCAGCACAGUCAGUUACUGUGUGUUGGACUUUUUAAAUAAAUGUAAAAUAUCCAGUCAUAUUAGAGAUUUAAUGUAAAGUGUGUUUAACAAUAAUUAUUCUAUCUUAUCUGUGCCAGAACAACAGUAUAGCCUCAAACAGAAUUAUUAUCUGCUUCUAUCUCCAUCAUAAUAAUCAUCACAAAACAUGGUGGAGACCAAAGGUUGGAAUCAAACACACCCGGAUGUUUUUUAUCUGGUGUAGCUUCAGCCAGAAAUAUAUAUAUUCACCAAUGCUGUGAUGCUGUAAACUUCCAUUCUAGCGACGAGUCCUUAUCUUCUGUUCUCUUUAGUUCAAUGCAAGUUCAAAAUGGACAUCAUAGGAAUCAAGAUUCGAGAGACUGUGAGGGUUGAGGGUUUGAAUCUCACAACACAAUCCGUUUUACCUCAAGACUUCAGCCUGUACGAUUACAACACAUAGGAUAAGACACUGACUUGUGAAGUGCCUGUCUGGGCUCCGGUGCCCGAAGAAACAAGUGAAGACAAAAGUUUAAAUGUUUUCUUCUUCUUCGUCGUCGUCGUCUCUUUCUUCUGCUUCGCUCUCUGUCACUUUUCUCCUUGUCUCAUGCUUUUGGUCGUUGAAGGCUGUGAAAGUGUUGCACUCGUCCUUAUUUGCAUCUUCAUGGAUCUUCUAUGAUAUUGUGAAAUAGAUGGAAUAAAAUAAUAAAAAUGGUUAUGAAGACAA